AGGUCACAUUACAAAAGAACAUGUGGAAUGGGAGGUAUUGUUGAGGCCAUCUUUGGAAAAAUAAAUCUACGCAGUGCAUUAAAAAGUGGUAAGAAAUAUAGAGAAAAAAUUAAUACCAAGUAAUGAGGAUAAUGGAAGAAGUGGAACUUUUAAAUAGGAUGGUCAGGGUGAGCCUUGUUGAGGUGACAUUUGAGCAAACUUGAAGGAGGUGAGGAACUGAGCCCCGCAGGUAAAUGAAGGAAGAAAAUUCCAGGACUACCCUCUGCGCAUACCUAGGACUCUAUGCUGGGGCAAGCACUAAAGCCCAGCAGGAGUAGAGGCAGGCAGUUGUAGGGUUCUGCGUCUCUUCUUUCUGCCCAAGUUUUUAGAAGUCUUGGGGAUUGUGAGAGGUGAAGGUGCUGCUGUGUGGAGGAGGACUAGGAGAAAAAACAGAAGUGGGAUCCCACCCUCACUCCAUCUCUUUUCCCCCUUUCCUACAUCCAGGGUCUCUCCAGGGUUCUGGUGACUGACAAGGAGGACCCUGAAGGCAAUCACUCUCUGAGAGGCCAAUCCUUUGUCUUCUUACCUGCCAGCAUCACACUGACCUGGCUGCUAGAAUGGAAGGAACUGACCUGGGGGGCAUGAGACCCACCAGAGCAAGGCAGCUGUCGGGGUCCUCCCUGGAGAGGAGUUGAGAUACACCUGCUUGGUGGAGCACCUGGGCCUGAAGGGGCCCCUCAGUGUGAUUUGAGGUGAGGCAUUGUCAGGAGACUGGAGGUGAGGGUAGGGUGAAUCUCAUCCAAACCCUGCUCAUACUCUCUGCCCUUCUAUUCAAGAUCUGCCCUUCUCUCCUAAAUGGAGAUGCUGGGAAUGUCCUCAGUCACCCUGACUAUUCACAUCUCAAUCCUCACUGGGAAGCCCUUCUCACUCCAACCUCCUUCAUUCCUAUGUUCUGCAACAGCCCCAGGCUCUGAACUCUGCUUCCGCCUCUACCCUCCAGGAAUAAAUGGCUCACUAGGUGAGUGGGCUCUAGCUGAAUCUGAGAGAAGGCAAAGGCUCAUAGACCAGGGGUUGUGGAGGGCGAAAGGGCACAGCUAAAGUAGAAGUUGAAGGAUUGGAAGGGAUAAAGAAAUGUUUCCACAGCAUUUCUCAUAGCCCAUUGGAGCCGUUUUUUCCCUCACACUCAGGGACAUGGAAAGAGCAGAAAGAGGGAAAUAUUCUACAUGAGAGAAAAAUGCAAGUGAUUCCUCCAUCUGCUGCCUUUUUCCUCUUGCCUAUUCUGGCCAAGUUUGUGAUAUACAUGUGUUCACCAAAUCCCAGAAACCCUGGAUUCAGAGGCUCACACUGAAACUUGGAACUUCUAGGGAAGUUUCCAACUAUUAGGGAAUAAAAUUAUUGAAUUUAUAAGCCCUGCAGACUGGAAAAAAAAAAAGUUCUGAGAAAUGAAGAUAUGUAUGGAGAACUGGCCAUCAUGUCUUGGAUAUUAAAGGCUGCACUGAAUGACCUCAAAUGUGGUGCUUAAUGAGAGCCUCUUUUCUGUGUGAACUUGUGCAGGCCCUGAAACCUGUGUACCUUAGUGUCUUCUUUAGGAAACUGGUGAAAUCCAAACAAAGGCUAUAGUUAAAAGUAUUGUACCAAUAUUAACUUCUUAGUAUUUCAAAUAUACCAUGAUUAUGUAGAUGUUAACAUCAGGGGGUGCUGGGUGAAGCAUAUACAGGAACCCUCUGUUCUGUCUGUACAACUCUUCCGUAAAUCUAAAAGUAUCCCAAAAUAAUUUUAAUUUAAAAAAACGAAAUGAGAAGAGCUCUCUUGAAAGCUUCCUGUGAAGAUCACCUAUGACAGGAACAGAUCAGUGCCCAUCAGGGUCUCACACUUACUAGGCUCUUACGUUUAUGAAACAGGUGGAUUUCAAUAACCCUAUGCCCCCAACUCCAGUGGAGUUUCACAUGAAAGGUACAAUGAUUCAUGUCAGCCCAGUCCUGCCAGUCAUCUGGGUAUGAUGCAGUACUAAAGGUACCAUCAACAUGCUGGCCUGGAGGGAUGGGGAGAGGCUCUGCAGCCCCUUUAACUUGUGGAUGAUGCUUCCCAUAGUUCCCUGCUUAUCCCUGCCUGAAGACAGAACCCUGCAGAGGCCAGCCCAGAACCCUCAUUUAAGAUUCUAUUAGAGACUCAGGAAACAAAAAGUAAAUGUACACAGUAACAUAAAACCAGGUAAUCUGGUCUAUUUAUCUUCAUUUCUUCAUAUCCAUGAUUAUGAGCUCCACAGCUUACCCAACAGAUCUUGAAUUGACCCGAAGCCCUUUCUUCAUUUCUCACAGAUGAACAAAGCCAAAAUCCACAGACUAUUUUUAAUUUAUGGCUCAGGACUACCUACCGUAAAUUACUAGAGGUUACUCCAUUUUUUAGUUUAUAAUCUAAAGCACAAACUCAGAUGGUUGGAAUUCCCAGUUUUCAGGAAGGAAACUUUGUUAUUAGUGUAGAGUCUGGAUUGUCUUGCAGAAGUCUCGCUUCUUUUUUUCCAAUUGCUAAUCUUGCCUUUAAUUUACAAAUAUGAUUAGUUCAGCUUCAGUGUUACUUUGUUGUGGACUGUUUAACCUUACACUGGGUGGUUUCACAUAUCUGUAACAGUGGUAGUUUGGGGCCCUAAUGUUCCAAUAAUUAGACUAAGAAGUGUAUACACUGCAAUUCAAAUAUGAGUCAUGCACAACCCUAUCACAAAAGGGAAUGAAUGAAAACUCCCCUCCCUCAAAGUUUUUACAGUGGUACUUAGUCAUUUUUCCACUGAAAAGUGGGAACCAGUCAGCUAAUGGGGAGCACACCACCAUUGGCCUCUAAAGGUGCUUCAUCCUAAGUUUGAGAACCUGUAGGAAGGUCUCCCUGGCUGGCUCAUGGACCACUACACCAUGGUACAGACCAUCUUCCCUUUGAAUAGAGGGAUGUCCCGAAGAUAGUGAGCUGGUUAGCAGUUGUCCACUAUCCAGCAAUCUUUGCCUCCUGAAUCACGUUUUUUCUGAGAACCCACCUUUCCCCAUAUGAUUAUCCACUCCCAUCUGAGUCAUCUCUGCCCAGAGGGAUGUUGCUAUGUUCUCCAGCCACAACAGGACACCAUUUCAGAACACACUGCAGAAGUCCAACUUUUAUGCACAAGGGUCACACACAUGAUGUACAGAGGGGACUUUUGAUCUAGUGCUGAAGAUUUGGAGCAGCUCAGUAGUUCAGCAAAGCUGAAACCUAUACUAGUGUCAGGCUUUGUCAGGAGCCAAGGUUAUAAGUGAUACAAAGAUGCCCAGAUCUACUAGAAAAGGCAAACCCUAACAAGAUACAACGCAAAUCAGGGACAAGGGAAAAAGGCAAUUCUGGGCCAGCAAGAAAAGAGGAAAGAGAAAUAAUGGGGGAAUCAGCACAUGAACCAGAUCCAAGUAUGAGUUUUCAAGUUGGGUAGACCAGGAUAUAAGGAGCCCUGGUGGCACAACAGAAUAGUGCUCGGCUGUUAACUGAAAGGUUACCAGUUCUAAACCACCCAGCAGCUCCACGGGAGAAAGACCUGGCAACCUGCUCCCAUAGAUUACAACCAAGAAAACUGCAGGGUAGUUCUACCGUCACAUGGAGUCAGAGUCGAAAAUCCACUCAACAGCACCAAACAGACCUGGAUGUGAAUCCUCCAGGUUCUUCUACCAACCAGCUGUGCAGCCUUGAGCACAUCUGGCCCAGAAUUGGCCUCAGUUAACAAAUAUUUGCCUGAAUAAGUGAGUGCUGAACGAAACCCUCUGAGCCAAUUUCUUCAUCUGCAAACCAAUGAUACAAUUCCUACCUUGGAGAGCCGAGUGAGAAGACAGUGCUAAGCAAAACAGACACGAGAGGUGUGGGUGCCUGGGCAGCAGCACUCUGAAGCAAGUUAUGCCUAAACUGGCAGCAAUGUUUUUCACAUCAACCAACAGUUUUUGGACUCUGUCUGGGGCCAGGCUGGGAGGUGGUGGUAGAGGAAUGGGGCAGGGGCUGGUGCCUAGGGAGGGCUGGGCACUGAAGCAAGGCCCAAAGCCCAGUGGGAACCAGUUCUUGGCAGCUACUGGGCAGCUCAGACAGCUCCCUGCCUCACCACGAUGCUCCCUCUGCCCUGGCUCUCUCAAUGCUGUUGGCUUUGCCAGGGCCUCCUGCCCUCCUGGCCCCUGGUACCCCAGGCCUCCCGGGAGUGCUGUUCCCAGAGCCCCAAGGCAAGCACAGAGACCAGCUCCUUGGACAGUGGAAAGAUGAGGUCACCCCCCAGGGGUCCAGGGCCCCAUCACACAGCUGAGCUGGCCCAAGCUGAGGAGUUGCUGGAGCAGCAACUAGAGCUGUACCAGGCCCUGCUGGAAGGGCAAGAGGGGGUCUGGGAGGCCCAGGCCCUGGUGCUCAAGAUCCAGAAGCUGAAGGAACAAAUGAGACACCGAGAAGUCGGGGGGGAAAUGCCUAAGCUUCCUACCAGUCCCCAACUCAGUCUCCCAUAUUGGAAAUACUGCACACCACCCCCGACAAGCCGUUCAAUUAGGAACAUCCCAGCUUCUCCCAGACUAAUGAGAAAACCAACUGAGCCCUCCAAAAUGGGCCAGAAAUUGGAGGACAGCGGGGAGCCUCAACCUUUGCCGUCUGCUUAGGCACAUCCCCACUAUGCCCCCACCCACUGACCUCUUGGCCCAAAGCAGGGCCCUUAUCUUGCAUCACACCUGAAAAUGACCUCACCCCAAAUCCAAUAAAGGGAUGGAGCAUUUACAGA